AUGAAUCUUUCAGAAAUUCCCAUGUCACAACCCCCUCCGGGGCAAGUGACCAAUUUCGUGGACCCGGUGUCCAUCUCUUGGGCGGGGCGGUUGUCCAUUUGGUUGACCUUACCUAUCAUGGCAGUAGCCUUUGUCUUGCGGAUUUAUGUCCGUCUGAAAUCACGGCAAAUGGGAAUAGAUGACUAUUUUCUGGUCGUCGGAGCCGUCGGCGCUGCUUCAUUUUGUGGGACACUUAUUCCCAUUUUCCUCAAAGAUGUCUGGGGACGUCAUGCGUGGGACAUCCCCGUCUCCUCAAUCGUUCCGUGGUUUUUCAAGUUCUCUGUGACGGCAGGGUGUCUGUACAACAUCAGCGCCAUGUUCACAAAAGUUUCGAUUCUUGCAUUCUAUCUCCGCAUUUUCUCCCCCGCGCGCAGCGCCCGAGCUCUUAUCUGGUGUGGAAUUAUAUUCAUUGUUCUGGGAUACAUGACUCUUACCAUCGCCAUGCUGGCCUGGAUGGUCCCCCAUCGGGGGGACGGGGGGUGGGGGUCGACGGCCAAUACAGAACGGAUGAACGUCGCAUCCAGACAACUCGACUUUACACAAGGCAUAUUCAGUGUUGUCUCCGACUUCUAUGUCAUCACCAUCCCCACUGGCAUUAUCUAUCGCCUGAAUAUGAAAACCCAGAAGAAGAUUGGUGUUGCGUGUAUCUUUCUCUUCGGUUUCGUGUCGCUUGGUUGCUCUAUAGCCGGCACAGUUCUUCGUUAUCACGCCAUGGUUUUCACUGUAGUUGACAACCGGUGGCUCUCCGUCAAAUUUGAAGCACUAUGGCUUUUCUCCAGCGUGGUCGAGCUUAAUAUCGGAGUCCUCUGCGCUUGCGUUCCCGUUUUCUUUGUCGUGUUGCGCACCUGGAAGCAAAGAACUGAAACUGGGUUCGCUUACCUCAAACAACGGCUGUUGACAUCUCCAGGAAGUAAAGAGACGGUGGUCCUGGGCGAGCGGCAGCAGAAACCUGGAGUCUCCCUUGAUAUUCCGACCGGCACCUUGUCGGGACUGAAGACUUUCUUCCACAAACUGAAGCCGGAUCAGGAAACAGUCAAGUCUGGUAUUCGUGUGUCGCAUUAUUUUGAGCUACAGUCUGUCGACAUUGAUUAUCAUGCUCACAUCAGGGGCGAUGCGGCCAGUGGAAGGAACCCGUCGUUGGCUGGCAGCAAAGGGGUCUCUCGAGGGGCCUCUCGAGGGGGUGUUUAG